UCUAAAGAAUCGGGCUGUUGUUUAAGGUUGUGUUCCAUGAGAAGGUGGUCUGGUUAGAAGACUUGUCCAGUGUCUAUCUUCCGGACAACCGUCGUUUUCAUUGUCACUCACGUGACGUACCCAGUUCACGGCUCUUCAAAGUGAAGAAAACUCGUACAUUUCUAGUUCAGAAGUUUCCUGAUGUCCCGUGCAUUUCCAAGCUCCAGAGCGAUGGCGAUCGCCAUGUUCAUCCUUGCCAUCAUUUCUUGGGCGGCAAUCUUGUCAUCGGAGUCCAAGUACAUAGCUUACAACAUCACCCAGAGAAUCGUCCCCGACAAAAUCAACGUUCACCUGGUCCCUCACUCACACGACGACGUGGGUUGGCUUAAGACCGUCGAUCAGUACUAUGUUGGCGCUAACAACUCCAUUCGAGGGGCGUGUGUACAGAACGUGUUGGACUCUGUAAUUUCGGCUUUGUUGGAUGAUAAGAAUCGGAAAUUCAUUUAUGUUGAGAUGGCGUUCUUCCUGAGAUGGUGGAGACAGCAAAGCGAGGCUAUGAAGGUCAAAGUCAAGGAACUUGUCAACUCUGGUCAGCUCGAGUUCAUAAAUGGGGCUAUGUGCAUGCAUGACGAGGCUACUCCACAUUACAUUGACUUGAUUGAUCAGACCACUCUAGGGCAUCAAUUUCUCAAAGCCGAAUUUGGUAAAGUUCCUAGAGUUGGUUGGCAGAUCGAUCCCUUUGGGCAUUCUGCUGUGCAAGCUUACUUACUUGGUGCAGAGUUAGGAUUUGAUUCUCUCUUUUUUGCUCGAAUUGAUUACCAAGAUAGAGCAAAGCGACUGAACGAAAAGAGUCUUGAGAUUGUUUGGCAGGGUUCCAAGUCCCUAGGUUCAUCUUCACAGAUAUUCACUGGGAUAUUCCCCAGGCAUUAUGACCCUCCUGAUGGUUUCACAUUUGAGAUAAACGAUGUUUCCCCUCCAAUUCAGGAUGACAUUCUCCUGUUCGACUAUAAUGUUCAAGAGCGAGUCAAUGAAUUUGUAGCCGCUGCUUUAGCACAGGCUAAUGUAACCAGGACAAAUCAUAUCAUGUGGACCAUGGGGACUGAUUUUCGCUAUCAAUAUGCGAAUUCAUGGUUCAGGCAGAUGGACAAAUUCAUUCAUUAUGUCAAUGAGGAUGGGCGUGUCAAUGCAUUGUAUUCAACCCCAUCCAUCUACACUGAUGUAAAAUAUGCAGCAAAUGAAAAAUGGCCUCGCAAGACUGAAGAUUUCUUCCCGUAUGCAGAUCAUCCAAAUGCCUAUUGGACCGGUUACUUUACAAGUAGGCCAGCCUUUAAAGGUUAUGUCAGGAUGAUGAGUGGUUACUAUCUGGCAGCAAGGCAAUUGGAGUUCUUCAAAGGCAGGAGUAAUUCCGGGCCUAAUACUGAUGCACUAGCUGAUGCUUUGGCACUUGCUCAACAUCAUGAUGCAGUUAGUGGUACAGAAAGACAGCAUGUUGCUGCUGAUUAUGCAAAACGAUUGUAUAUGGGCUACGCGGAGGCUGAGAAGUUGGUUUCCUCUUCACUUGCUUUCUUGGCUGACUCGAUAUCAAGUGCUAGACAGGGGAAUCCGGCCACAAAUAUUCAGCAGUGUCCUCUUCUUAAUAUAAGUUACUGUCCCCCAUCAGAAGCAGUAUUGUCAGAUGGGAAAAGCUUGGUUGUUGUUGUUUAUAAUUCCUUAGGAUGGAGGAGGGAGGAAGUGAUACGAAUUCCUGUUUCUUCUGAGAAGGUUUUUGUUCAGGAUUCUGAAGGGAGGGAAAUUGAAUCUCAACUUCUACCUUUAUCAAAUGCUACUUUGAGCAUAAGAAAUUACUAUGUCAAAGCAUAUAUAGGUAAAUCCCCCAAUGGAGCACUGAAGUAUUGGCUUGCCUUUUCAGCAUCUGUACCACCUCUUGGUUUCAGCACUUACGUUGUCUCAAUUGCAAAACAGACAGGUCCUAGUUCCACCAUCUCAAUGGUAUACAAACCAGAUGGAAGCACAAAUGAUACCAUAGAAGUUGGGCAAGGCAGUUUGAAGCUAUUUUAUUCUGCAGAUGAAGGAAAACUUACAAAUUAUGUUAAUAGCAGAAAUAUGGUCACAGCUUUUGCUGAGCAAUCAUACAGUUAUUAUUCUGGAAAUGAUGGAACUGAUAAAGAUCCUCAGGCUUCUGGGGCAUAUGUCUUUCGUCCAAAUGUUACAUUUCCGAUUAAAUCUGAGCACCAGGUUCCUUUAACUGUUAUUCGGGGUCCUGUACUAGAUGAAGUACACCAACAACUCAACUCAUGGAUAUCUCAGAUUACCAGAGUAUUCAAGGGAAAGGAGCAUGCUGAAGUUGAGUUUAGUAUUGGUCCUAUACCUGUGGAUGAUGGCAUUGGGAAAGAAAUCACAACUCAAAUUAGAACAGCAAUGAAGACCAAUAAGACAUUCUACACUGAUUCUAAUGGACGGGAUUUCAUCAAACGUGUUCGAGAUUUCAGGACAGACUGGGACCUGCAAGUGCAACAACCAGUUGCUGGAAAUUAUUACCCUAUCAAUCUUGGAAUUUAUGUGCAAGAUAGCAACACGGAACUGUCGGUGUUAGUGGACCGCUCAGUGGGAGGAACCAGCUUAGUGGAUGGUCAAAUAGAGCUGAUGCUCCAUAGGAGGCUGCUUCAUGAUGAUUCAAGAGGUGUUGGUGAGGCAUUAAAUGAAACAGUUUGUGUCCUAGAUAAAUGUGAAGGUUUAACUAUUCAAGGGAAAUUUUACCUCAGAAUUGAUCAAGUAGGAGAAGGUGCCAAGUGGCGUCGCACAGUUGGCCAGGAGAUAUAUUCUCCACUUCUCUUGGCCUUCACAGAGCAGGAUGGAAAUAAUUGGAUAAGUUCCCAAGUACCUACUUUCUCAGCGAUUGAUCCUUCCUAUGCUUUACCAAACAACAUUGCUGUGAUUACCCUCCAGGAACUUGAAAAUGGAAAAGUACUUCUUCGAUUGGCUCACUUGUAUGAGAUUGGAGAGGACAAGGACUAUUCAGUCAUGGCAAGCGUGGAGUUGAAGAAGCUGUUUCCAAACAAGAAGAUCAGUAAAGUGACAGAGAUGAGUUUGUCUGCCAAUCAAGAACGGGCUGAGAUGGAGCAGAAAAAGUUGGCCUGGAAAGUAGAAGGCCCUGCUGAAGAACCGAAGGUGGUGAGAGGAGGACCUGUUGAUCCUGUAAAGCUAGUGGUAGAACUUGCCCCAAUGGAAAUCCGCUCUUUCUUUAUUAACUUUGAUUACCUCCAAAUGUUUGUUUCCUGAAAGAGAAGCUUGGGCCUAUGUUACAAUACAUUAGGCUGGCCCACGUGCAGCCCCCUACUCUGUACUAAAUAAUAAAUCUAUAAAGGUGUUGAACCUUGGAUAAGAGGGAUGGAAAUUUUUCAAUGAAUCAACAUAUUCUGCUUUA